CCUUAAUAAGAGCGUAUCAUACCUCAAGUUAGCUAAAACCAAUAGCUUAUAUUGUGGUGGUGUUAACUCAGGAACCUUUUAAACGGCUCAUGUGGCCGGUUAGAUGUGCAGUACUGAGGUCAAACCAACAAGUAUUAAGGAUAAUUACUAUUCUGUUGGAUGGAAGAGUCCAAUCAUCCUUAACAAGUAUCUUAGUCCGGAUUGGUGGACAGACAGCGGUGGAUACUUGCACAGUAACGGUGAAAUAUUCUUAAAAACUAUUAAGCAUGAAAGUAAGCCACAAUUAUGGAAAACACUUGUAGGACAGAUAUGAAUACACACGGGAAAUACUCUAUAAGCGUAAAGUAUAGUCCAAUAGCCAACGAAAGGAGGCGUUAUAUAGUCGCCCAAAGUUCUAGCAUCUUCAAUAGAAGUUUAAAACAUAUAUCCUUGUUUGUGUAAUUGCCAAU